AUGUUAAUCACUAAUUGUUUGCAGCGGCUGCUAGGACUGACGCUUUCCGAUCCUCUUCCAGUCGUCUGACGGCACGACGACGACAGCAGCAAAGAUGCGCGGCGCGGCAGCACUACGUGCGAAGCUGGCCGUCAACUCGCUCUGGUCGCUCUGGUACUGCGUGCUCGUCUCCUCCAUCACCGCCUACCUAGCGAAAUGCAACGUGCGCGACUACGCCAAGUACCGACAGCUGUCGUGGAUGCCGACGUCGGACGUCGGCGCCGCGCUGCACAUGUACCUCGCGCUGACGGUGUUCGCCGUCGUCAUGCUACCCUGCUUCGUCGUCGCCGCGACGCUGCUCGUCGGCAACAUGGCCAACGACGGAAAGACACUGGGUAGGAACGUGAGUCUGCUGGGAGACACGCGCCGCAGCAGGGCGAGCUGGCUGUGGCGCUACACGCUGCCGCCGUCGCACGUCCUGCACGUGCUGAUGGCCUUCUGUCUGCUCAUGGCGAAACUCGUGAUGGACGGAGAGCUCGUACACCACGGCUUCCUCAGACUCGAUCGAAUAUGGGCGACCGACAUCGACGCAUUCAUGGACGGGAAAGACGUGCGGGACACGAACAUCACGCGCGCUGCAGCUACGGCAGCAGCGGCGGCGGCAGCGGCGGCGUCAGGUGCGCUGCCCGUAUCUCAUGACGUCAUGGGCGCCUCGCUGGAGUUCGUCAACUUCGGCGUGGCGCUGCUGCUGACGUCCGUGCGCUACCCGUCCGUCUUCUGGUCGUCGAACAAGGCGUUCAGCCUCAUGUUCUCGUCGUUCCUCGUGCUCAGCGCCACCUACCAGGCGAUCUCGUUCUGCGGCUUCUGCAUUCUGCACAAGAUCCACGUGUUCGGCGUGCGCAACGUGCUCGACGACCGCCCCCUGCUGCUCAACACGCCGCAGAACGUGUUCGCCUACCUGCUCGUCAGCGCGCUCGUCUUCUUCUCGCCGGCGAUCCCCUUCUGGUACGGCGUCGUCAAGUACAACCACAGCCUGGCGCGGCAGCGCGAGAAGCACUGCGUCUACCGCAACGCGACGAGCAAGUUCCACGUCUACCGGCCGCACCUGUGCGCAAUGGCGACGCUCAUACUCACCGCCGCCUGCAAGGCGCCGCUCGUGUACGACGCGCUCGUCUUCUACUCGAAGAUUCCGUCGUACGUCGUCGGCAUGGCGAUCAGCGUCGACAUCUGCUACCUGAUGCUCUGGAUUCUGCUCUGGUUCGUUCUGACCGUCAAGCGCACGUGGACGUUCCGCAUCGAGUUCGCCGAGAUGGCGAAGAAGUCUCCCAACUCGCUCAUCAGCGGCCGCAGCAUCGAGAAGACGAACCUGCUCGUGUUGGAGGCGCCCGACUACCGCGAUCCGGCGAAGAAGAGCCUGCUGAAUCUGCUGCACGUGCAGAAGGCGCCCGCCAACAACAACGACAACUGGAAGCACUCGCUGAAGCGCGGACGCGGCAGCAUCGGCAGCGCCAAGAAGUACCGCAUCUCGCUGCACGACGACGACGACGCCGACGCGAGGUCGCGUGCGACGCCGACGGGCGAGCACACAACGCGCGGCAUCAACAUCAGCGGUCCGAUCCGCUCCGUGUUCGACACCGUGCCUCUAGCGCCGAUGAUCCCUCACAGCUUCCCGUCGACGCCGUCCCCGGAGGAGGUGCCUCCACCCACUGAUGAGGAGAAUGAGGAGGAAGUCGCCGCAGCUGCUAUGCCCAACGGCUGGGGAAGCGAGUGCGAGAAUCUCCUGCGACAGGUCAGCCGCGGCCACUACACGCCCAAUGUAUCGAACAUGAAGAAUCUCGGUCGCGCAAGAGAUCCGACCUUCGCCACCCAUGCCGACGACGACUACGACGACGUAUUUCGCGUGAGCCGCACCAGCAGUCAGCCGUUUCUCGGCCCCGAGCAGCAGCAGCGGCGGGCGCGGCCGGAGGCGUGCGGCACCGUGCGCAAGCCGCGCCCGCGCGUGCCCAACUACGCGCGCAGAAGCCAGACGCUGCACUACGGGCGCAGCAAGCACCGGCCGCCCGUGCCGCCGACCCUCAAUAGCGCCGUCGAGAUGCUGCGACAGUGCCAGUUUCAGAACGCCUUCUACUACGUGCCCGACACGGCGCCGGUGACGAGGACCGAGCUGAGUGGAAGCGGCGGCGGCGGCAGCGGCUACGGAGACGACGCCCACAUCUACGACCGCAGCACGAACAUGCGCAUGACGUCGUUCACGGACAAGCCCGACUUUCCGCACGGCGACGACGGACAGUUCCCGAAUCCGCCCGACGAUCACGUGUUCAGCGAUCCCGACUACACGGAGAUACCCGAAGAGACACCGGAAACAAUCGAGGAUGGACAGGAGCAGCAAGGGGAAGAAGAGGAGGAGGAUGAUGAGGGGGAGGGCGAGGAGGCCGAGGAUGAACUGGAGGGGGAAGACGAGGAAGGAGAGGAUCAAGAAGAGCAGACGCCACCAAACAUGCGGCGCCAGAGAAGAGACUCGGCAAAUUACUCGUUGACUGACUCGAAUGGUAAUGAUGACUCAGAUCAUUACAACUACAGCAACGGUCAGGCGUAUAACAAUAUGCAAUACGCAUAUCCGCAAAAGAUGGCGAAACAAGAGCCAUCUAAAAGUGACUUUAAUGACAGUGACUAUCGGCGAUUGAAUGGCUACAACGUUUCAAAUGUCUAUCCACAACGCAGUUCGGGUAGUACUACUGCCGACGACAUAGCAUAUGCCUACAGAUACAGUGACUGUGGGAUGUAG